AUGAUGGCGAAGAAACGCCGACGCUCCGAAAGCUUCAAUGACGACGCUCACAAGCGGCUAGAAGAUUUCGGUGCCCGAAUGUUUGAAACGCCGCAACAAGAUAUAGUAGCUCCGAGCUUAACGACGCUUAAUGUUUUAUCUAACGCUAAGCGUAAGAAGCACAGUAAGAAGUUUGUGGAUAUGGCCGAGGAAAAGCUUGUACCGAUAGUGAAGUUCAGCAAGAAAAAGAAAUCUUCAGACGCUAGAGUUCAUGUGGAGAAAGUGGCACGUACGGUAGCUGUUAAGGAUGUCGUUUCGACCAAGAUACAAGAGAAGAAGAAAUUGAAAAAGGCAAAGCUUUUGCAAUCGGGUUUUCCACAGUUGUUGGGCGAAGAAAGAGAUAUGGAUCCAUAUAAACAAGAGUUGAACACGGUGAAAGAUCAGAGGAAAAGGGAAAAGCAAGAAAAUGCAAAGAAGACAAAGUGCAUGCAAUUGCACGCAAGGAAAAGAAAUAAUGAUACAACAGAUUCAUCAAAGCAAGAGAUGGAUGGCUUUGGGCAACGGAAGGGGAAGCAGGAAAUGGUGAAUGAGACGGAAGAUCUGCAAUGGCAUCCGACGCAGCAAGAGAAGGAAGGAAACUCCGAAGACGAAGCCGAUCCAUUAGAGCAAGCGCUGAAUAGUAUCAAGGACCAAAUAAAGAAGAAAAUGCCGGAGAAAGUUAAAAACAUAAAGCCUGUGCAAUGGCGUCCAAUGCCAUUUGAUCAAAAUGUCGAGGAGGGGGACGGAGUGGACUUGUUAAAGCAAGCAGAUAUAUGUUCUCGAAAGCAGAGAAAGCAGCAGAAGAAGAAGCAUGAGGUAAAAGAAGAGACGAAGGUUGUGCAACUGCAUAAAACCGAGCACAUGGAAGAAGGUGAGGACGGUGACGAAGCAGAAUUAUUUGAGCAAGCGCUGAAUACAAAGAAAUCGAAAAAGAAACAGGAGAAACGAAGCAAGCCAACUACCGUAAAAGGGCUCUCCAUGCAGCAUAAGGAGGAAGGAGACGAUGGAAAUGUAGCAGAACAAGAACUUUAUUGCUCAAUCAUAGAGAACGACAAGAAGAUGAAAAAAAAAAUGAAAUUUUUUUCGGAGCAGCAAAUAGCGAACGGAAACUUCCGUUGCAAGUCGGAUCAUUUGCCGCAACCGCUCAACAAGUGGAAGGAAAAGAAGGAAAAGAAGGAAAACAUGAAUAAGAAGCAAUUGAAGGCGACGAAGUCCUCGCAGUGGCAUUCAAAACAACCCUCAGAGGAGAAAGAAAACAUCGCCUUUUUGGCAGAGCAAGCAAAGAAGCAAACCAAGCAGGAAGGGUAUGAGAAGACAAAGAGCUCACAGCAAAAAGAGGAUAGAAAAGAUGACGGAUUGGGCUCCGCGGAGCAAGCUGUGCACAAGAGGAAGAAGAUUACUUCGAAGCAGGAGGUAACACCACUUCACAAGGAAGACAAGAUAUCGGUGCUGGCUGUGUCAGGCACUGAGGUGAACACGAGCAAAUCGAUUAUUAAAAGCGAAAAGGAUGCGCAAAAUACUGCUGAGAUCAGCAAUAGCUCGGCCAGUGCCAAGAAACGUGGGUCAAUCAGACCCAAGAAGAAAUCAAAAAAACUGCGAAACUUGUCAAUAGAAAGCAGCAAAGAAGCUGUCGAAAAACUACAGAUGAUCUGCGAGAAUGCUGAAAAAACUAGCGUUGCAGCCCUUAAAGUGGUGACCGAAGCCGGGUCGUUUGAACAGAAAUCUGCAGACGAAUUUUCAUCCGGUACAGCCACUACGCAGGUAGCGAGGCUACCAGCAUCGCAACAAAGGUUGAAGGAUAAUGCUACGAGGAAGUCAGUAGAAAUGCCGACAUUUACAAUGUCACAGAUUGUAUCAGACUCGAAAAUAAGCCAGCAGGUUAGCAAAACUAAUACAACAAAGGGAAGUACGACGGCAACGCCUAAGAAGAUAAAUACGACGCCGGAAAAAGACACGGCAGUCACCAAGAUUAAUGCUCCUACAACGAAUUGCGUUGGUGAGAAGGAUCAUAAAAUGAAGGUUUUGGACCAACUUCAGACGCCAAUUGCGGCUUCUUUGGCGGAAGACGCGACAAAGAAAAGUGACAUGUUUUUGCCAGCUCAUCAAAUAAUGCAUCAGCACAUAACCCCUGCUAACCACACAAAGAAGGCACCUCCAUACCAACUUGAUACAUCGUCUUCGGCAGAAAGCGAGAGUGACGACGUUGGUUCUGACUUUGCUCGCGAUGAGGGUGUUUCAUCAUUAUUUUCUCGUCUCAUUGAUUCCGCUGCUCGAGAACAGUGGGAGCUGCUGGAAGUUGGUCGUCUUGUUCGACUAUUUGCUGCAGAGUGGAAUUUCAAAAAGACCAAGACAGCACAAUUCCUGCUAAGAAUUUGCCCAGAGCUCGUGAGUGUUGACUUUUUAGAAGGAUUGGGUGUAAAUUUAACGGCAAAGCAGCUUGUUCAAGUAUUUGAGGCAGGCUCGGGCAACUCAAGCGUUUUAAUAAAUAAAAUGGCAUCAGCGGUGGAGAAUGGACAUUUGAGAGUCCAGGACCUGCCUUUGAUCUCAGCUUUGGAACGACGUGUCGCUUUGAUGGAAACGAACACUGAAGUAUUGGAACUUCUGCAUCCACUGUUGGAGAGUUUGUCGACCGUGCGUGAUGUUGGUGCUCUGGUAAAGCAUCUAUGUCAGCACUGGCACCUGGAGCGCAAGACUGACUUGGUACAGCAGAUCCUUUUGUCGAAUGUUUUUGACGAUCUCGACGGCAAUCAGGAUGACAUUUGUUUGGACUUGCCUGAUCUUAACGGAAGACUAGACUUUCCAAGUCGUUUAGAUCAAGAAGACGUGGAUGAGAAUGGCAAUUUAAAAGGCUUGGUUGUUGAUGGUGACGGUAGUGAACUGAGUGGAGUCGAAGGAUCAGCAGAAGAGGAAGACGACGACGAAGAAAGUGAAGAUGGCGUAGAUCUGUACGAAGGUGAGACCGAUUCGGAUGAAGAGAUUGAAUUUGCUGGGCGUUCUAGAGGCCACCACCGAUUUAUUGAAGACGAGGCGGAGGUCGGUGAAGAUGAUGAAGAGGAGGCUGAAGAAGAGGACCAUAGUGAUGAAUCCGUUUCGUCUUUAGAUAGUUUUUGA